AUGAAAACUCCCAGCACCACCACCAGGGAGAGGCUGAUGGAGGCCUUCGUGUCCAUACAGCUGGAGAAAGUGGGUCUGCGUGACGAGAUGCUGAACUCGUAUCUGAAGAGGAAACGAGCCGAGGGGGGUCUCACACAAACCCCGGAGGAAGCAGCAAAGAUCAAAAGGAGCCUCAUAAUCGAAUUUCUCAAGAGGUUCAGCACACGGAUAUCUCAGUACUGUGUCAGAGCGCAGAUCGUUGAAUACUACUACAGUUUAACGUCUCUAUUGGACGAUGUCCCCUCCGUCCGUCGGUCUCACUUCACGAGGGAACAAACCAGCUCAACCAAAGCUACAGUGGAUUCAGGGGUUGACCUUCCUCCUGACCCCAGCAGCACGUUGUUGUCUGCAGACGGAAAAACUCUCCUGAACCUGUGGGUCAUCCCUCAUUUCUCUGAGGUGCUGCACAUGUUCAAAACGCUGGAGAUUUCGGCCUGUGCUGCUGCUCUCCAUCACACCCUGCUCAUAGUCUCAGCUCUUCAUGACGUUGUUUGUUACCUGGUGAGUUUCUCCAGACUCGGGAACACAGAAGACGGGUGGAGCCGAAGGAAGCUGCAGGAGGCUCCAGGCUCACGUCUUGUGGCCGACUGGGGCGGAGCUGAAGGCAUCGGAGCGGAGCUGCAGGAGAUCCAGCGUCAGGUCGACUGUCUGUCUGAUCCCAGCAGCCCCCGGUCAGUGGGUCGUCUGCUGCAGCUUCGCAGGCAGGUUCUCCUCCUGCAGUUUGACACGGCGGUCAGACACCUCAUCAGGGAGGCGUUCCUCUCGGCUGGUGACAUGGCCUCUUACCAGAGUGUGAGCGACAACAUGAUGACUGCUCUUCCUCCGCUGAGUGACGGAAUCCAGGCCGACGUGUUCAGCAUCACGCUCCCUGUUCCUCGACCUCUAGAGACCCGAGGCUGUCGGGCUCAGAGGCUUUUCCCCUGGAGAAGUUUCAUAGCCUGUCAUGGAUGGUUCCCUCUACGUGUUUGGGACGUACCACCCAUCGAGUUCUGCAUGCAGCUGUGUCUCAGUGGUCUGAGGGACUGCAGCAGACUGCAGACCAAUGGGGCGGUCCUCGGCGUGUCCCUCCUCAUGGAGGACGUCCUGAGCAGCGGAGGAGACGCAGAGCCCGUCCGUCUCCAUGGCAACACGGAUGACCUUCUGCACGAUGGGAAACCUAAUGAAGAUCCGCUCCGAGUGCAGCGUGUGCUGAAAGGUUUCCUCCUGCUGACCAAGCAGCUGCAGGUCUUUAAGGAGAGCUGGGCUCGAAGACGACUGGGGGCCGAGAUAUUCAGUUCACCCGCUUUGUAUCAGCAGUCUGUCAACCUCUACAGAGCUGAAGUCUUUCACCCCAGUAUGAAAGCUCUGGCUCGACAAAUGGGUAAAGAGCGUGACUACGAGCUCCUCAUCUCUGGCAGCCGGGCUCUCCUGCCCCCUGCUGGAGCUUCAGAGACUGACGUGAAAACCUGGCAGCUUCACACCCUGCUGGAGAUCACCGAGUGUGACAUGAUCAGGGCCGUGCAGAGGAGGCUCCACCGGGAGCUGACCCUGGUGCUGUCGGAGCGGACCCGUCAGGACACGUGUCUCCCUACAGAGCUGUGGAAAAAGGGCUCACUGAAGCACAGCGUGUCGGCCGAGCGGCCACAGGUCGUGGAGGCCUUCGUGGAGCAGCUGAUGGAAGGAGCUGAGCAGCUGGAGGGACAGCUGACGCUCUCUCAGGAUCAUCUCCGGCUGUGCUCCACUCACCUCGGCUCCUCUCUGAUGGAGCGAGAGCGCCGCAGCUUCCUGCUUUACUCACACUUCUAUGAGCAGAUUCUGCAGCAGCAGACUCAGCUGCUGCACCAGAAAGAACAAGAUUUAAAGAAUCUUAAAGACUCUCAGACGAGUAACAUUUACCAAGAGGUGUCGGUUUCAUGUCGCGGGAUGAUGCUGCAGAUCUCAGCUCUGCAGGCUCGAGUCGCUCACCUCCAAGAAGACAAGAGUUCUCUGGAAGAACGACUCGGUCUGAAGUUUAAAGAGCGUUACGACCCGUUGGUCCGACAUCUCUUCUCUACCUGCCUCCAGCUCAAGGUCCGACUGGAUGAGCGCCGGUGGCAGGUGGAGCAGGACGUGAGUGUGAUGGUGAACAGAAUCCGAGCGGAGGGAGUCGACAGAAUCAUCAAACUCAAAAAGAAAUGUGGCUGCACCACAGGCAACGAGGGACUCGCCCUCACACAGUCAAAGAAGGAAGAAGUCCACGAGCUGAGCCUGGAGAACAGUCAGCUGACGGCUCUGCUCUGUAAAGUGAUGGUUCUGAGUCGAUGGCGGCAGGUGGUCGACCAGGGGAAACUUCACCGGCGGCUGCUUCAGACUCAGCAGAGUGAAAUCAGCAGUCGCACCGAGGCGCUCAGGGUGAAGAUGGUUGCUGAGGAGGAGGUGAUUCUCCUGCAGGAGGAGCUGGACGCCGCCCGGCAGAUGUUGACCAGCUGCCAGGCCGAGUGCAGCCGAACCAAGAGGCUGCUCGGCAGGAAGACGGAGGAGCUGCAGGAGGCCCGGCAUCAGUCUGCACGGGAGGCUCGCAGCAGACAGAAGCUGGAGACGCAUCGAGUGCAGAGGCUGGAGGAGAUGAGAGCUGAUGUGGAGGACAGAGACGGGCAGCUCAGAGAUCUCAGCCAGCAGCUGGACAGAGGAGGCAGGAUGAGCCAGAUACAGAGACACCGCAGCGCCAGAGAGAUCCGACAGGUGAAGGAGCAGCUUCACCAGGAGCGCUGCAUCAAACAAGAAGCUUUCCAGCAGGUGGAGAAGCUGAAACACCAGGUGAAGGACGUGGGGGAAGCUUUCUCCAGGCGCACCUCUACAGCAGGGCAAAGCAGGACGUGCUUCACGCUGUCAGUCAGCAGGUUGAGCUCUAGAAGUCCCUCAGCAGGUCUGCACAGGGUCAGUCGGCAGCACUCGGCCCUGCAGCCCGGCAGCUUCACCAACCCUGCAGCGCUCCAGGACUCUGCCACCAGACACCAGAGAGCGGACACAGCCUGGAGUCGAUCCAACACCAGAACAGACAGGGCCACAGCAGAUCCGUCUCGCCUGCGCGUCCUGACCGCAGACAUGUUACUACCAGAGCUGUGA